CGGAUCGUUUUCUUGUCGGAAGGAACGAGGACGAAAGUUGGUCCCUUCACCUUUGAUAUUUCACGCCUUUGCCAACGGAUCAGACUUCUCCAGAAAGCCCGGGAGAUUAGGCUCAAGGGACCUCCAUGGGCUCUCGCUGCGCUGAAAGUCUCUCCUCUGCUGGACCUCCUCUGGACUCUAAACUGCAGCCCUUUGAGCAUCUGUUGCCCACACACACAAUUGCUGAGGUAUUGCUGACUGUGAGCAUGAGUGCAGGGUUGGAGUGCUAACGCUAACGCCUGGUCCAGCUGCAAUUGACCGACGCUAGCAGUGAUUCAUGGGAAGCCACCACACUGGCACCGCAAGGCCGUCUCUCGGCAAAGCCAUGUCCGCGGCUGUCAGGAUACCCGUGAUGGAGCUGGUGGUGCUGCUGCUGGUGACCCUGUUGGCAGUGCCCUCCCCGGCCACCUCCAUGCUGUGCCCCAAGCGCUGCACGUGCCAGAACCUGCUGCCCUCCUACACGGUGCUGUGCGCCAAGACGGGCCUGCUCUUCGUGCCGCCCAACAUCGACCGGCGCACGGCCGAGCUGCGGCUCAUGGACAACUUCAUCACCACGCUGCGCCACCGCGACUUCGCCAACAUGAGCAGCCUCAUCCACCUGACGCUGUCGCGCAACACCAUCAGCCAGAUCCGACCUUACGCCUUCGCCGACCUGCAGGACCUCCACGCGCUCCACCUGGACGCCAACCGUCUGACCGUGCUGGACGACACACACCUGCAGGGCUUGGUCAACCUGCGCCACCUCAUCCUGGCCAGCAACCAGCUGCACAGCAUCUCGUCCGGCGCCUUCCAGGACUUCCUGGAGACGCUGGAGGACCUGGACCUGUCCUACAACAACCUGGUGGACGUGCCGUGGGAGACCAUGGGCAUGCUGGUCAGCGUCAACACGCUGAGCCUGGACCACAACCUCAUCGAGUACGUGCCCGAGGGCAUCUUCUCCAACAUGCACAAGCUGGCGCGCCUGGACAUGACGUCCAACAAGCUGAAGAAGAUCCCGCCGGACCCGCUGUUCCUGCGCAUCCCCGUCUACGCCAAGCUGAAGGGCUCGCCGCUGACCGCCCUGGUGCUGAGCUUCGGCGGCAACCCGCUGCACUGCAACUGCGAGCUGAUGUGGCUGCGGCGGCUGACCCGCGAGGACGACCUGGAGACGUGCGCCUCGCCGCGCGAGCUGGCCGGCAAGUACUUCUGGACCAUCAGGGAGGAGGAGUUCACGUGCGAGCCGCCCAUGAUCAUGCGCCACAGCCCCAAGACCUUCGUGAUGGAGGGCCAGCGCGUCAGCCUGCGCUGCAAGCACAUCGGCGACCCCGAGCCGUCCACCCACUGGGUCAGCCCCGACGGCAAGGUCAUCGGCAACACGUCGCGCACCACCUGCUACGAGAACGGCACGCUGGACAUCCACACCACCGCCGUCAAGGACUCGGGGACGUUCACGUGCAUCGCGUCGAACGCGGCCGGCGAGGCUACGGAGAAGGUGGAGCUGGUGGUCAACCCGUCGCCCCACUACAACCCCAAGCUGGAGCCCGAGCCGGGCCCGUCCGACAUGCCCACCUCCAUCAAGUCCAACGCCAGCGGCGGCCACUCCAAGAACGACCAGCCGCGCGUCAGCGUGUCCGAGCUCACCGCGUCGUCCGUCGUCGUCCACUGGCCGCCGCAGAGCGAGAUCCCCGGCGUGCGCAUGUACCAGAUCCAGUACAACAGCUCCACCGACGACAUCCUCAUCUACAGGAUGAUCCCUGCCUCCCACAAGCUGUUCCAGCUGAGCGACCUGGCGUCGGCACGGGACUACGACCUGUGCGUGCUGGCCGUGUACGACGACGGCGUGACCACGCUGACCGCCACACGCCUGGUGGGCUGCGUGGCCUUCAGCACGGAGCGCGACUACCACCAGUGCCGCUCGCUGCACGACCAGUUCCUGGGCGGCACCAUGAUCAUCAUCAUCGGCGGCAUCAUCGUGGCCUCCGUGCUCGUCUUCAUCUUCAUCCUCCUCAUGAAGUACAAGCUGCACAGCAACCACUACAAGCAGAAGGCCGCGCGCGUCAGCAACGUCUGCUCCCAGACCAACGGGGGCCAAGCGGCGGGGAGCGCCGUGGUGGCUCCGGGGGCCAGCGUGGUGGCCAAGCUCCAGGGCCCGAUGGCGCUGGACAGGCACGAGCCCCUGCUGGAGGGAGGAGGCUGCUACGGGGCCCUGAAGGGCACCACGGUGGUGGACUUGAACCCGGAGUACCGCAAGUCGGUGAAGGACGACGACGCCAUCUCGCAAUAA